GACGUUCAAAGCAGCAGCCACCAGGCAACAGUGCAAUGCCAGCAACCACCACCUACACAACCACCUUAAUGAUCAUGGCUAUGUCCUGGCAGUCUACUCGAAUUAUUCCUUCGACACACAAUUCAAAGAGUAUGCCCGAACAAUUCAAGGACCCUUGGGCUCGUCGUGAAGCCUGGCGACAUCUCCCUCGAUUUUCUCGUGCUAACGCUUUUAGGAACCUUUGGCCGGGUUUCACUUGGGGACUUGGUGCUUUUAUUAUCUAUCUUGGCUAUGACACAUUAUCCACUCAAGGUUUCCUCGGUGGUGGUAAUCAUUCUCACACCUCGGAAAAAAAGCAGGACUCACAUUAA